AUGGCUUCGACUCUGGGGCUUCUUCAUGCCCUUUUCGUGGUUUUACUUGUCACUCCAACGAUCAACGGAGCUCCGGCGAUUGCAAAGGACCAACGCUUCAAGACUUUCAAGACCGAACGCGAGGAUGUCUUCAAACGACAGGUUCCAAGCGGAAUUAUUGAGACGUGCAAUCUCUGCCCGGCCAUACAACAGUUAGCACCAUACGUACCGCAAAAUAUUCAAGAUCAGGCCGACGAGAUGAACAACGUUUUAAGGAGUUUGAUUUCGACUCUUAAACCAUUGAAACCAAAUGGACUUCCAGCUGUUAAACCACUUGGUGGAUUGCCACUCACUCUUCCUGGUGGCCUCCCUUUGAAUCUAUCGGCACUUACCGCUGGCUCGCCAGUACCAUCCAACGCAUUGCCAGGCCUACCAGCACCGACUGAUGUAUUAGGCGGCCUGCUAGGUGGCCUCCCUGCUGCCCUUUCCGGCCUACCAGUACCAACAGGUGCAUUGGGUGACCUUUCUGGACCUCUAAGCGCUUUAGGCCUGCCAAGUGGCCUCCCGACAGAUGCGUUAGAUGGCCUGCCAGCACUACCGACAGAUAUAUUGGGGAGCCUGCCACUGCCAACAGAUGCUCUGAAUGGCCUCCCUAGCGCAUUAGGUGGCCUGCCAGAUGGUAUUCUCUCUGGGCUCCCCGCGCUCCCAUCUGAACUGCCGACCGACGCACUAGGUGGCCUUCUCUCUGGCCUCCCUACUGAACUCCCUACUGGACUGGGAGAUCUUCUUUCUGGCCUCCCUACUGAACUCCCUACUGGACUGGGGGAUCUUCUUCCUGGCCUCCCCACUGAACUCCCCACCGCACUUGAUGGUCUUCUUUCUGACCUCCCUGUUGCUCUCCCUACCGAACUCCCUACCGCACUAGGUGGUCUCCUCUCAGAAGCUGGCCUCCCCACUGAACUCCCCACUGGACUGGGUGAUCUUCUCUCUGGCCUCCCCACUGAACUCCCCACCGCACUUGGUGGUCUUCUUUCUGACCUCCCUGCUGCCCUUCCAACUGAACUCCCUACCGCACUUGGUGGCCUCCUAUCUGACCUGCCCGCUGGACUGCCAACGGAUGUAGUAGUAGGUGGUCUCCUCUCUGACCUCCCUGCUGCCCUCCCGACCGACCUACCAAUAGAUGCAUUAGGUGGUCUCCUCUCUGACCUGCCCACUGGACUGCCAACGGAUGCGUUAGGUGGUGUUCUUUCCGGCCUCCCUACUGGGUUGCCAACAGAUGCAUUAGGUGGCCUUCUUUCUGAGGCGGGCCUCCCCACCGCUCUACCAACAGACGCAUUAGGUGGUCUUCUUUCUGCCCUUCCUACUGGGUUGCCGACGGAUGCAUUAGGUGGUCUUCUUUCUGAUCUUCCCACCGGGCUGCCGACAGAUGCGAUAGGUGGUCUUCUUAGUGACCUACCGACUGAACUCCCUGGGCUGCCAACAGAUGCAGUGGGUGGGCUUCUUAGUGGCCUCUCCGCUGCUCUCCCGACUGAACUUCCUGUGCUUCCAACAGACGCAUUGGGUGGGCUUCUUAGUGGCCUCCCUACUGAACUCCCCACCGGCCUACCGACAGACGCAUUGGGUGGUCUCCUUAGUGGCCUCUCCGCUGCUCUCCCAACGGAACUGCCUGGGCUGCCAACAGACGUAGUAGGUGGGCUUCUUAGUGGCCUUCCCGCUGCUCUUCCAACUGAACUGCCUGGGCUGCCAACAGACGUAGUAGGUGGGCUUCUUAGUGGUCUUCCCGCUGCUCUUCCAACUGAACUCCCUGGGCUGCCAACAGACGCAGUAGGUGGGCUUCUUGGUGGCCUCCCCACAUUGCUGCCAAGCGGCGUACUAGGAGGCUUACUAUCCCCCGAAGCUUUGAACGGACUUCCUGAUGGCCUCCCUGCUGGUAUUCCCGCUGGAAUUCCUUCUGGUCUACCCGUUGAAUUGCCAACAGACGCUCUCGGUGGUCUGCUCGGUGGUCUUCCUGCUGCACUUACUGGUCUGCCCACUGGGCUGCCUGUACCAACAGACGCUCUCGGUGGUCUUCUUAGUGGUCUCUCUGAUGGUCUUCCCACUGCACUGCCAACGGACGCUCUCGGUGGUCUUCUUAGUGGUCUUCCCAGUGUUCUUCCCGGCCUGCCAACAGACUUAGCAGGACUGCCAGUACCAACACAAGCUGUCGGUGGUCUUCUUAGUGAUCUUGCGGCUGAUCUUCCUACUGCAUUGCCCACAAACCCGCUCGGUGGUCUUCUCAGUGGCCCUCCUGCUACACUCCCUAGUCUGCUGCCAGCUGGACUGCUAACAAGCGUAAUUGCAGGAUUGCCAGUACCAACAGGGGCUAUCAAUAGCCUUGUCAAUGGGGUUCUUAGUGGUCUCUCUGCGCUCCCCACUGGUCUUCCUGCCGCUCUCCCCGCUGUUGCUUCCGCGUUGCCAGAAGGCCUCCCUGCCGUUGUAUCUGCGUUGCCACUAGGAAUCUUAGGCGGUGUUCCUGGCGUUCUCCCUGCCGUUGCAUCCGCGUUGCCAGGGGGCCUCUUAGGUGGUCUCCCUCCCGUUGCUCCCGUAUUACCAGGCCUCCUAGGUGGUCUCUCACCUGCUACGCCUUCUGCCCCCCCAGCUGCUUUAGGUGGUCUCCUAGGUGGUCUUCCAGCUGUUAAGCCUCCCAAAAACGCCGCUCCCACAGUUAUACAAAGUGGUACGAUUGAGGACCGUGUUUACAACUGGGCCUUCCUCUCUAAUGGUGCUAUCCAGGUUAACAAGUCCUUCCUAUCACCUAAAUUAAACGCCCUUACAGGAUUCCUCGCCGACAGGACGUUUGUUGGCUUGAAUCUGCCCUCUGUGCUUCCCAGUCUUCUGAGUGGCAUCGACGAUGAUUCGGGGGAUUAG